CAUGUAGCUAGAAACAUUGUGGUGAAGACAGAGUUGGAUUAAGAACAAGAGGAGAUCAGAGAUUGGAAGAGAUCAGAAUCAUGUUAAUUAAGCUACUACGUACGUCAUGCAUGCUUGACUAUUCCUUCAACACAUGAGAAAUGUGAAGAACCUCCUAAAGCUAACUUCUCACAUACCUUCUCCUCAUGCUAACCAUUUCUCCACCUCCACUUGACCAAAUGCUCACAUCAUUCACCACCCAUGAAGAAGAACACAACCACCAACAACACCAUCACCACCACCACCAUCUCCUCCUCCACCCCCCCUGCUCAAUCCCAAUGCCUCCUAUUACGUUGCGCCGAGCUCAUCCACCGAGCCGACUUCAUCGCCGCCCGUCACGCCAUCUCCAUCCUCACCACCACCUCCUCCCCCACCGGUGACGCCGCUGACCGCCUCACCCACCACUUCACCCGCGCCCUCUCCCUCCGACUCCGCUUCCUCCCUCCCUCCCCCCACGAUCCCUCCCAUUCCAGCCUCUCAUUCAACCAACUUACCCCAUUCCUCCGCUUCUCCCACCUCACCGCCAACCAAGCCAUCCUAGAAGCCGCGAACAACCGCCCCUCCCUCCACAUCCUCGAUUUUGACACCGGUCAUGGCCUCCAAUGGCCUCUCCUCCUCCAAGCCAUUGCCGACCGCUCUCACUUCCCCAAUCCUCCCUCCAUUCAAAUCACCGCCACUGGAACCGAUCUCUCCCUCCUCUUUCAAACCGGCCGCCGCCUUCAAUCCUUCGCCGAUUCUCUAGGCCUCUGUUUCCAUUUCCACCCGAUCUGCAUUUCCCAAACGACAUCCUUCUCCUUCCCAACAAACCGCGGGGAAAUCCUCGCCGUCAACUGUGCCUUGUUUCUUCACAAACUGAUUAAAGAUGACGGCUUUCACGAGCUCAAACAAUUCUUGCAAGCAGUGAAAGGAAUGAAUCCGGCGGUGGUGACGGUGGCGGAGAAGGAGGCCAAACACAGCUCUCCCCUGUUCUUGCAGAGGUUCGCGGAGGCGUUGGGCUAUUACUCGGCGGUGUUCGAGUCAUUGGAAGCGACGUUGCCACCUUCGAGCAGGGAGAGGAUGGUGGUGGAGAGGAUGUGGAUUGGGAGGGAGAUAGAGGAUAUUGUUGCAGGGGAAGGAGAAGGGAGGAGAGAGAGGCAUGAGAGGUUUGAGAGAUGGGAAGGAUUGAUGAAGGAUGCAGGGUUUGUUGUGAAGCCAUUGAGUGGUUUCGCUUUGGCUCAAGCCAGGUUGCUUCUUCGGCUGCAUUAUCCGUCGGAGGGAUACAGGGUGGAGAUGAUGAAGGGGUCUUUGUUCUUGGGAUGGAAAGGUAAGCCUCUGUAUGCAGUGUCUGCUUGGUCAUAGGUAAGGCAAAAUUACGAAGGAGAA